CUGAGGAAACCACUGACAAAUCAGUUCCAGUGUUGACUACAGAGGUGUGGGUGGGUUAGUAGAGGAAAGGAAGCCGGUACAGGUUGUAAGUGGUGUAAACGUAAAUAAUAUGGUUUCUAUAAUACCACGAGUGUUUAGGGAGUCCCUUCCUGGACUACUACACCUGGGAAGUGGGUUCAGUAGACAGGAUGUUUUACGGACAGCUGCACCUGCUCUGCAGAGAGCGUACCAUGAAGUUACUGGUGAUGAACUUUGUCCCAAUAUGGUGCGUGGUAUAGAUCACCUGCGAGAUCCGAGGCUAAACAAGGGUUUAGCAUUUACCUUAGCUGAAAGACAGCGCUUAGGAAUUCAUGGGCUGAUGCCUCCAAGAUUCAAAACACAGGAAGAGCAGUUAGAACUCUGUAAAGUUAGUGUAGAACGAUACCAGGAAGAUCUGAACAAGUACUUGUACCUCAUUGAACUGCAGGAUCGCAAUGAACGGCUCUUCUUCCGGCUUCUAUCAGAAAAUGUGGAGCAGAUGAUGCCUAUUGUUUAUACUCCUACAGUCGGCCUUGCUUGCCAGAAGUUUGGUCUUAUUUACCGGAGAGCACGUGGGCUAUUCGUCACCAUCAAUGAUGCUGGACAUGUCUACAAUGUCAUCAAAAACUGGCCUGAAUCUGAUGUGCGAGCCAUUGUUGUGACAGAUGGUGAACGUAUACUUGGCCUGGGUGAUCUAGGUGCCUGUGGCAUGGGAAUUCCUGUUGGAAAACUUGCACUGUACACUGCUCUUGCUGGAAUCAAGCCUCACCAAUGUCUGCCCAUAACAAUCGAUGUAGGAACAAACAAUCAGCAAUUGCUCGAUGACCACCUCUACAUUGGCCUGAGGCAUAAAAGAGUGACUGGCGAACGAUACGAUGCCCUCAUUGAUGAAUUCAUGCAUGCUGUUGUGAGGCGCUAUGGCCAGAAUGUACUCAUCCAAUUUGAAGACUUCGGAAAUCACAAUGCUUUCCGUUUCUUGGAUAAGUACCGUAAUAAGUACUGUACGUUCAAUGACGACAUCCAGGGCACGGCAAGUGUAGCAGUUGCAGGUUUACUGGCAUCUCGCCGUCUCACCAAUACAAGACUCUCGGAUAAUACAAUUCUCUUCUUAGGGGCUGGAGAGGCAGCAAUUGGCAUUGCAGACCUUUGUGUUCAAGCAAUGCAGACAGAGGGAACCACUCUCCAAGAAGCAAGAGAUAAGAUCUGGAUGGUUGACAUUGAUGGUUUGCUAGCCAAAAACAGACCUGAGGGCAAACUGGAUGGUCACAAGGCAUAUUAUGCUAAGGACCAUGCAGCCACAAAGAGUCUUGCUGCUGUUGUGAAGGAGAUCAAGCCUUCAAUACUAAUUGGUGCAUCAGCUGCUGGAGGAGCCUUCACACCAGAAAUUUUGAAGGAUAUGGCAUCUUUCAAUGAGAGACCUGUUAUAUUUGCUUUGAGCAAUCCAACAAGUAAAGCUGAGUGCACUGCUGAACAAGCAUAUACAAACACAGAGGGCCGCUGCAUUUUUGCCAGUGGUUCUCCGUUCCCACCUGUACAGCUUGAUGGUAAAAUUUACUAUCCAGGACAAGGAAACAAUGCCUACAUUUUCCCCGGCAUUGCAUUAGGCGUUAUUGUCACAGGCAUUCAUCAUAUUGAGGAACAGCUGUUUCUUAUUGCUGCACAGACAGUGGCAGACCAUGUGACUGAUGCUGAUCUGGCUAAUGGAAGACUGUAUCCUCCUCUGGGGUGCAUAAGAGAGUGUUCAGUCAACAUUGCCACACGUAUAGCAGAGUAUGCAUACAAGAAAGGUACAGCAUCAGUAUACCCAGAGCCCGAGGACAAGCGAGCAGUAGUUUUGUCUGCUAUGUAUAAUCAUAAUUACGAAGAUGCACUACCUGAUGUAUAUCCAUGGCCUGAACUUCCUGCAUCCAAGAGUGUUACUAUAGAUAAGCCUACAAAAGCAAGGAGCAUAGAGUUGUAGGCCUAAGUAACAGAAAACCCACCAGCAAAGGUACAUCCAGCAUUAUAAAAAUAGGUAAAACCUGUCUGUAUUGACUGGAUAAAAAGCCACGACCUGGCCAACAGCAAUAUGGAAAAAUUUGUAAUGAAUGUUAAAGAUUCUGAGGCUUAUUAAGAAUGAAAAAUGUAAAAGUGAGAAAAAUAAGAAACAGUAGCAAGGAAAAUAAGACAUUCUUUUGAAACACAUUGAUAUUUUCUCGUGUUGCUUUUGGUCCAGUUGCAGCCCAUACUUUGUUAAAAGUUUUUUAGCCAUCUUCCCUUUUCGGUAGCCUUGCACAGUUUAUAGCUUUCAUAGUUAUUUUUGUCUGUGAUUAUUUAUUUAUUUAUGUAUUUAUGAGUAUUAUUGGUGUUAAUACCAUUGUGACAGUUCUUCUUACAAUUUUGUUUGUUUGUACCGUCAAAGUCUGUUGCGUGUUUUUUUCGGUGAAUAUUAUAUAACUUUAAACCUUGCUAUAAUGUGUUAUUGGGACUAUUUUGGUAUUAGUACAUUUUUUACUCAGAAUUUAAUUAAUCUUAGUUGUUCAUCAACAGUGAAUUGCGUUAUUUACUAUCUGUCCCAUUGCGGUAAUAUUUCAUUGAACUGAUGUUUAAUCAAAAAAUACUACCCGUAAAUAUUUCCACUAAUAAGUAUCCCAUCCAUUUAUCACUUUGUUUAUGGAGUUGUGUGUUUGUGCAGGUAUAUACUUGUGUUUUGGAUUGAAGAAGAGAAUUCGAUGAAAGACAGACACAUAGUGCCUUUAGUCCUUUUUCUGGGUGUUUUUCCACAAUUUGUCUAUAUUGUCCACAUUAAAUUUUAUUUAAAAUUGACCCUCUGUAUGUUUUAAUUUCACUGUGCUUUAAUAGUAUAUUUUUCAAUAAAAAUAUAAACCAAUUACAUCACCUAAUUUAUGGUAAUUGGCACACCAAUGGUAAAAAUGUCUGGCAUGCUAUGUUUUCUCUUCUUACUGAAGUUAAGAGUUAUGAAGCCUGUGGCUUGGCAGAGGAAAAUAUUUCACCAUUUUGCAACGUUACACCAAAAUAUGGACAUUUUAUAUAUAUAAAAAAACCUUUUUUUAUUUAAAUAAAACAUCCAUAUUAUAUUGCACUGUUUCACGAAAUGUUCUAACCAAGAUUGGGUAGUUAAAUGAAACCAUUUCCGAAAUAGUGUAUUAUUGUGUAGUAGUGUUCUGCCAACAAAACUUUCUGAAAACCGAACAGUUACCCCAUGUAAUCUGCUACAGGUGAUUACAUUUUACACAUCAAUUUUAUUUUUGCAGUUACCUGUGCUGGCUAAUGAAGACCGAAUUUCCAGGAUACCUUGUAAAUGAAUAUUUUGUUAUCCUCAAUAGACAUACCGUUCCACCUAUUUCUUUAAAUGUUAUCUUUCAGUUUGGUAAUACAUUCUUCCAGUGUGUUUCAGUGGUACACACUCCUGAAACACUGUAUAUUCAGUGACUGUUACUCUUCCAUUUCUCACCAGCAAUCUACAUUCUUUGAUAAUCUUCAAGCACCCAUGCAAUUAUCAUUUCCCAACUCUGAUUCACAGGCAAGCUAUCUUAUUUCCUAAUUUUGUUGUUACUGAAUAUUAUUGUUUCUAUGUCUAGAUGGGUACAUGUGUCCAUCGAAUAGUGGAGAAAACACAAGAUGUGUGUUCGACAUUAUUAAUAUAUUUGCUCUCUGGUUCAUUCUGUCUCAGUUGCCUGAAUUUUGAUCUUUUGAAGUUCCAUUGUGUAUGCUUUGUUUCACAGUUUUACUAUUUUGUAUCAUUCAUAUUUCUAGCCCUUGUUCAUCGCAGAAACAUACUUGAAUCUGUUAGUUGUUGAUACCCGUUUGUUGUUUUGGAGUUGGAAUUUUUAUGUCAAAAUGUGUUAAUACUCGGUGCAUUCAACUGUAGUGCGCUAUUUUUGCACCCUCACUACUUCUUAUGAAAACAAAGAUUUGCUGUCAGAUCCUGUUAUAGACCUUUUUAAUGGUAGAACCUCUUUCUUUGUGAGACAAUUCUCACAGUUUUAUAUCAUUGGAAUCUACCAUUUUUUUUCAUUACUUCCAAGACUUUUCUAUGCAUAAAAAGUCUAUUGUGAGGUUCAUAUUUUCCCAGUCCUCCUCGGUUAUCAGUGUUACAGAAAAAAUGUUUCUGCAGCACUUGCAUAUUUCUUAUUACCGUGUAUACUUCCUGUAGAUAGUACUCACCAACCUUAUUGCCAUAGUGUUUCUGCUCUCAAGGCAUGUGAUUUUUACCCCAGCUGUUAAUCCCUCAUUUUUAUAUUAGUCAUUACACCCCAGUUGUUUUUGUUAGAACUCUCCUAAGUUCAUCACAUCAUUGCAAUAUUACCCUUACUAUUAUGCCAGAGUAAGUAAUGUUUUCACUUUCAGUUCCCUUUCCUCAGACAUGACUGGACAUUUUGUCAAAGUAAGUGUGCGUAUUCCUCCUUUUUUCCCAUGUAAAUGUAGCACUUGGUUUCCUGGGAUGCAGUACUUCUGUGGCUCAUUUAUAGUUUACUGAAACAGGAAAUUUUUGUCUUUUCGUUUUAUUAUUUUUUUACUGUUUAGACAAAUAAAAUUAAAAAAGAUUGUUAUUGAACUUAGUACAGCACAGUGAAAUGUAUUCUGAUGAAUAUGUUUAAGCAUGUCUGUGUGUUUGAGUGGAUCUCAGAUCUUGAAAGUUAAAUAUUCUUUUAGAAUUUCAGUUUGUAACCAGUGUUCAGCUGUCACUUGCAUGCCACCUUCCCUUCAUUUUGUUUCUCUGGUAUUCCUCAUGAAUGAGAGUAUUUUUGAAUAACUGUUGUAACUGAGUCAUAAAUUUACAUCUCUGUGAAUGAAAAAGUGAAAAUUAUUUAUUUUAUGUGCUGAAAAGUGUGUGUGUGUGUGUGUGUGUGUGUGUGUGUGUGUGUGUGUGUGUGUGUGCGCGCGCGCGCGCGUACGUGCAGGUGCAUGCGUGCAUGAAUCUAAUCAUCUCUUUAUACAAAAACACAGUAUCAUGAAUCUGACCUGUCUUAAAAAUAUUCUUUCCACAUUUUCAUGCAGCUUUCUGCAAUUUUACUGACAAGAAUAUCAAAAAGGACUUUCCAUGGUAUGUUUGGAGGAAUUUUGGAGAACAUCAGAUUUUCAUACACUUUAUUGUACAUUAGUUGUCUGAUAUUGAUAACCAGACUAAAAGUUAAUCUCUGAUCUAUAAUUUCAAAAAUUCAGUUCCAAACCUGUCUUCAAAUAAAUGAAGCAUUAUCUUCAUUUAAUUUUCAUAAGUUACUGACCUUGAUGUUCACAUAGUGUUACCAUUGCAGAAUUUGAAACAAAUUUGUAUCUUACUCUUUGUGCAUGAAGAUGGUGGUCUUUAUGAAAUUGUGAUUCAUUUUUGUGAUAUCAUCUCAUUAAUGUUAAGGACAGUGUUUAAAAUAUAUUUUUAUUGUCUUGUAACUAUUUAUAUUGUGAUAGCAGUAUGUUAGUAACUGUUAAUAAUUGUGAUUAAAUAUGUGUUUAUAAUAAAUCCUUAAACAGAGAUAAUCUUUGGUGUUUUCUAAUAGAAAUUAAAUGUAUUAGACUUCUUGAAAUGAACAUCACUUUCUGUAUUCAUUGAUUUGGUAUGAACAAGAGUGUGAAGUACAAGAUGGAAGACAGCAAAAUUUUCAUGACACUACAAUCAACUUAAAGAAUAAAUAACGAAAGUAACUAGUAAUAAACUCACAUAUAAAUAGAGGUGAUAUUUGUUUAGAUACAUUCUUUUUAUCAGAGCAAGUGAAACCAUUCAUAUUGUAACCAUUUCAUAAAUAAUGUAAACUUUUUCAUUAUAAUUGUAAAUUUAUUUGAUUCCUAGUUGAAAAACUCAGCAUUGCCUAGGUAUUUGUGUAUUCCAAUCUUCUAUUGGUGUGUCUCUCCUUUCCUCCUGUCUCCAUCUAUCUUUUACUCCCCCUGUCUCAGUUCAUUCCCUUCCCCCCCCCCCCCCCCCCUCCCCCUCUCUGUCCACCUCCUCAUCCAUCCCCUCUGUGUACUUACUCACCCCUCACUUCUCUGCCCAAUACUCCCACCUCCACCACAGUGGGAGGUUGGUGGUUUUUACCUCCUCAGUAUUUCUUUUCAGUUAGUAAGUAAUAUGUGUACAAAGUUUGGUUGAAAUUGAUCGAUGGACUUACGAGGAGAUGUUGAACAGAAGUGUAUGUGAUGCAUACUGCACAUACAUAUAUCUGAUUCUUCAUACCAUACAACUCCAUAGAGAAUGUUAAAUUCAUCUGUGGUAUUCAGCUGUAUGGCUUGAUCUUAUCUCCUGAAACAUAUCAACACAAUUAUUGGCUCACUGGGUGCUCAUUCUCGCAACCUGCUUGACACUGUGAACAGCAAAAAUAAGAGAUAAAUUACACUUCAUACUUUUAAAGCAUCCAAGUCAAGUAAAUGCAGGAAAUAAAUACCAAUAGGACAUUUUUGAAAAUUUUUACUUCACCAAUUCUUACCCACACCCGUAACUCUAGUGGUACUGGAGAAUCUUAUUCCCAUAGUAUAUUUAUACUAAUAACAUUGCGUAUUUAACUAAUAGGGUUGAAAUUGCUCCAUGUGUUCCUGAGUUAUGCUUCUUUUUUCCAGACAGUAAAUAACAAGUAAACCUGCAGUUCCUUAAAGAAUCUCACUCCCCCGUAUAAAACAGCUUCAAACAUAGUUUGCUUUACAAAUGAGUUAAUGUGUUGAAUAAUUUAUGCUAUGCAUGUAAUUAAGGAAAGUUUAGAAAGGAUUUGAAUUUAAGUUAAAUGUGUGUUGGAAUUCACCAAGUGUUCUUAUUUUAAAUAACAUACACUAAAAAAGACCAAGUUUUUAGGUUAGUUUUUUGUAUUAUUUAUUCCUUUAACAGGUUAAAAAUUAAUUGAUAACAAUGGCAAAAUAUGUAAUUAUCUUUCAAAAAUAUGUGAAGUGAGUUCUUGAGUAGUUUUAUCUGUAACAGGAAUUUCUAUGGAAAAGUCGAAGUGUUUGAUGGAACAUGUCUUCAGCCAUGUAAUCCACAAACUUUUCGGUGCCUUGCAGUGAAAUGUAUAAUCGCCUAUCCAGAAAUAUUAAGCUGUGCUCUUAGGAUCCUGCCUAUACACACCCUCGGAAAAAGGCAAAAAAUUUUUGAAAUAAAAUAUGUGAAAGCUUA